AUGAAACUACAUUUAUUUCUAUAUUCUUAUGAUUAUCUAACUAAAUACCUUUACUAGACUCCUAGUAAAGUCAAAACAGAGCCUAUUUUUUACUAAAAUGCUACUUCACUGGCAAAUAAUUAAGUAGCUAGCAGAAAAUAUAAAUAAUGGAUGCAUGAAUAAAUAAAAAGUAGAAGAAAGAGCAGGAGGCUCUUCCCCAAGAUGCUACUUAGCUUAUUAAAUUAUCCAGUUUUUAAAUCCACUGCUAUAGGAUUACGAGUAGCAUAAACUGCUGUAUUGCAUAAUUCCACCAUAGCCAAUAAUAUUAAUAUAACAUAUCUCUUUUAAAAUAGACAACGCUUGAUUUAAGUACAUAAGCAUUGUUUAUUUGAACUAAUUGAUCAGAGUUCUAUUCAGAAUUUUAAUCCUUCAUAAAUUUUUAUAAUAAAUGGAAUUUUAUCUGAUAGCUGUUUAAUUAAAUCUAAUGCACAAUUUAUAUUCAUCAAUUAUCUACAUUAGAACUUAUCUAUUUUGCUUUUCUCUAUUAAUUAUAAAUUAUUUAUUCUACAGGGCUUUUAACUUUAUCCAAAAUGGAACCUGAUUCUGACCUAAAAAAUUUAAUAAAUCAAUUUCCUCUAAAGCAUCAAUUCAUUUUUAUUAAGUUGCAAAAUAUAUGCCUUCUUUUUAUUAGUUUAAAUUAGCUAAGAUGAUAAAGUGAAUUUAUUUGUUGUGUACAUACAAAUUGGUGAAAUGGUUCUUCUAAAUCAUAUAAAUGAUUGCAUCUAUGUUUUUCCCAGCAGUCACCAAAGAAUUGCACUUUUGCUGGCAGCUUAUAAGAUUUCUUCUUUAGUUAAUUCUCCAUCUCCAUCUUAAAUCAACUUAUUUGCUCAUUUCUUAUGA